GGAGACAAAGAGAAUAAUCUUGGAGGAGACAAGGAAGACAAAACUCGUUUCUAAGACUUUAACGAGGUUGAUCUCUCAAAGUCAGUACAUGUCUUCUUCUACUACUAGCAAUCUCCCUGCUACUUCCAAUCUUGAGACCCAAUUGCUUUCUUCAGUUCCACCACCCGCAAAGAAGAAAAGAGGGUCAGCGUUGUUAUGGUACUUAGUUGGAUUCACUACUUAUGGUCUCGGUGAGACGUAUAAGUUCCUACAAACAGAUUUGUACAAGGAACAUCUUGAUUUCAGACGACAAUGCUUGGAAACGAAACCAAUGAAGCUGAAUACAAUGAAGAAUGUGGAUGAGUUAGGAUUUCGACGGGUGGUAUACAAAGGCGUUUACGAUGAGCAAAGAUCGAUCUAUGUAGGUCCAAAGCCUAGAUCCAUGUCCAAAGGUUCUGAAGAUGGCUUCUAUGUCAGUACACCUCUUUUGCCAAUCCCUAAUGAACCAAAUAGGCACUGGAGCUCUCUGACUUGCUUUAUUAAGGCCUCAUCGAUUUUGAUGCGAAAAUUAACAAAAUCUGAUCCUAUUGGUAUUGAGCCAAUAUUGAUUACAAUACGUAUUCUUGUUUAUAUAUGUACCAAGAUUUUAUGGUAAUUAACAAACAUAACUUCGAACUUAUUGCAAUAGUUACUACUGGUUUUUGUUUGUUUAUUUAUGGUGAUUGUUUCUAUGUGUAGGCACUGGAGUUCUCUGACUUGCUUUAUUAAGGCCUUGUCGAUUUUGAUACGAAAAUUAACAAAAUCUGAUUCUAUUAGUACUGAGCCAAUAUUGAUUACAAUACGUAUUCUCGUUUAUAUAUGUACCAAGAUUUUAUGGUAAUUAACAACAUAACUUCGAACUUAUUGCAAUAGUUACUACUGGUUUUUGUUUGUUUAUUUAUGGUGAUUGUUUCUAUGUGUAGGCACUGGAGCUCUCUGACUUGCAUUAUUAAGGCCUCAUCGAUUUUGAUGCAAAAAUUAACAAAAUCUGAUCCUAUUGGUAUUGAGCCAAUAUUGAUUCCAAUACGUAUUCUCGUUUAUAUAUGUAUCUUGAUUUUAUGGUAAUUAACAAACAUAACUUCGAACUUAUUGCAAUAGUUACUACUGGUUUUUGUUUGUUUAUCUAUGGUGAUUGUUUCUAUGUGUAGGCACUGGAGCUCUCUGACUUGCUUUAUUAAGGCUUCAUCGAUUUUGAUGCGAAAAUUAACAAAAUAUGAUCCUAUUGGUAUUGAACCAAUAUUGAUUCCAAUACGUAUUCUCGUUUAUAUAUGUACCAAGAUUUUAUGGUAAUUAACAAACAUAACUUCGAAAUUAUUGCAAUAGUUAUUACUGGUUUUUGUUUGUUUAUUGAUGGUAUUGUUUCUAUGUGUAGGCACUUGAGCUCUCUGACUUGCUUUAUUAAGGCCUCAUCGAUUUUUGAUACGAAAUUAACAAAAUCUGUUCCUAUUGGUAUUGAGCCAAUAUUGAUUCCAAUUUGUAUUCUCGUUUAUAUAUGUACCAAGAUAUACAGUCUUCGAAAUUUAUUUUGUAAAAUAGACACUAUUGGUGUUGGAUGUCUCACUAAACUCGAGCUAGGAAAAGACAUGCCCAAUGAAGUUCAUAAUGAAGGAUGAAUAAGUUUGAGAUCGUGGUUGGGAUCGUAUGGCACAUCCACCUGAAGUUUGAGGAUCAGAGAGGAUAUGGAUCGUGAGCAAAUGAGAAAAGAGAUAAAGGGGAGAAUUAAUUUCAUUCCGAACAAGAACAUUUUGUAUGCAAUCAAUUACUCUUAGAGACAUCUCGCAUCUAAAAUAUCAUCAUUUGUACUCUUGAUCAGUUCUAUUUAUCAGUAAAACAACAUUCAGUUAUUACAAUGGUUUGUGGUCUAGUGAUACUCUUACCUUUGUGCUUGAAAAUAGCCGUACUACAUCUUUUAAGGACUAGGAUGGAUAAGUUUUCUUGGACAUCUUAAUGAAAUAUUAGCAACUGAGAGCAAUCCCAAUGAAUGAGUCCUUAAAAGGAUCCUUAAACAUAUUUUAGUCUUACUUUACAACAAUUUUAAAGUUAAAGAGUUUCUGAUGAAUCCUUAAAAUUUUCUUUGUCCAA